CUUGGCACAGAGGGAUCUCUUCAAAGAUAUCGACGGACUUGGAGUCGGAUAGUAGAUACACGACCUUCAGUACAAUAGGACCUUCACUCGACUUUGACCUGGGCAAUCUCAAUCAAAACAUCGAUCACAAGGCAGAAUCAAAACGAACAGACACAUCCAUCUACCAUUAUGCCGCUCUCGACAACCCCAACUGUGCUUCGGCUCAUCACGUUGCUGGCGCUGACUUCUACGGUCAGGGGGAUCAGAUUCAACAUCUCCACGCCGAUGCAAUGUGAGCCAUUGGAGGUCACUUGGGAGGAGAAACAGGGAGAUGGGGAUAUGAGAUUGUUAAUCAUGCCCGCAGCGGAAUUCUCCCCUCAAUCCAUUAUUCUUAACAUUACCAUCCCCUCCUCCGCCUCAUCCCCCUACACGAUCCCCACCUUUUCCGAGCCACAAGGACUCGAAUUCGUCGCUUCCCUCAUCGACAGCGGCGGGUACGGCAGCACUGGCGUGACCGAAAUCCUCACCGUCGGAUCCCCGUCUUCCUCUGGGUCGGCCUCUUGUCUCUCCACAGCGCCCAACCCGGAUUUCUUCUUUUACACCGACCCUCAAGCGCCCACUACCGUACCGCAAUGUGGGAACGUUCAAGUGACCUGGCAGAAUUCAUAUACGCUGCCCGCUAGUAUCGUAGGACUGAUUCCCGGUGGAGAGAUUUGGACGGUACAUGAGAUCACUGGGCCUGAUCAGGGUGGCGGACAGGGCGCGGCGGGAAGUGGGUAUGGGUGGCAGGUGAAUGUGAGGGAGGGGACGAGGUUUUUGAUGUACAUGCCGAAUAACGGACCGGUGGGAAGUGGAGGAAGCACCCCGUUAUUCACGGUCGGAGCUGGCGGAUCAGGAUGUAUCUCGGACAGCUCGCCAUCUUCGAUCGCCCCAAGUGCACCGGCGUCGACAAUCUCGGGGGUCGGUGGAGGUGGCGGUCGACCGGGUGGUGGAUCGGGUUCGGCAGGCGACAACAGCUCUGGAUCUGGUUCGGGAUCAAACACAGGAGCCAUCGUUGGCGGCGCCGUCGGUGGAGUCGCCUUUGUCGUUCUCGCCCUGAUCGUCCUCUUCGUCUUCCUUCGACGUCGAGCUCGUCAAGUCAAGGACCCUCAACAUCCUCGUACCAAGUUGAUGGGGUCAUAUGGAACUUCACACGGAAGCUCUGGUGGUGGAACAGGAUCUGGGGCGGUCGUCGGAGGUGCGGCGUUGAUGGAGGAUCGAAGGAGGAGUAGCGUAGUAGACCUUCUGGCCGGGGAGAAACCUCGUAACGGGUCUCAUUCGGCUGCGAACGGGAUGGCUACCGCUGGAGCGAUCGAGAGGCAGGAUUCAGAUGAGACGACAUACGAGCCUUCUCCCUACUUUUCCUCUGGAGCCAACACGGCCAGUCCCGGAGCGGUUCGGUCGAGCUUCCCUAGGACGAGCGACGAGAUUACGAGUGCCAAUACGAUCGGGCAGAACCGAUAUAGCCGAGAGAGCGGCAUGUUGGCGCCCAUCGACUUUGGGACGGGCGCAGGGCUAGGUAUGGCAGGUAUGACAGCCGGGUCGGAUAGGCAGAGGAGGGCGAGCGAGACGACGUAUCAACCGGGUUCCGAGGCGGACGCUACGUUGAGCCAUUCGGGAGCGACCGUCUCUCCACGAGGAAACCCCGAGAUGACGCAUGCUGGAGGAGAACCUGGAGUUGGAGGAACUCCGAACGUGGGGUCGACGGGUCGAAGCAACUCGACGAGAAAGAGACGGCCUUUGACGGCUCAGAACGGGGAUGACGCUCCCGUACCACCUCCGACUAGGUUUGUCUUGCAUCAAGACGCUGGGGUGGUCGAUAGCGCCGAGGCGAUCCGGCCGGACGAUCAAGGGUUGGUUGAGAUGCCGCCCAGAUACGACCAGUUGCGUUCAGGACCUCCCCAGUAA